GUCAAGAUAGAUUUUAAUAUUGCAAUUCAUACAAUAUUAUUAUUCAUGUCUGACUUUAUUUGCGAUUGAAUCAUAGUUGUGAUAAUAAAUGAUAAUUUCGUUGCGCGAUAACAAAGGAUUUUGUAGUCAGUAUUCGCUAUUGUUUUAAUAAAAACGUCGAAUGAAAUUUACUAUAUCACAUAUUCAAAGAACAGUUAGCUACUAAAGUAUACUAAAAUGUCAUACGAAUAUGACAUCAAUUCUGUUAAUGGACUACCAAUACCAAAAAGGUCGAUCUCAACAACAAUUGAAUUACCGCUGUUUCUCUGUAUAGUGGCCGUGACCUUAUCAGGACCAGCUAUCAGUAAUAUCAUUCUUUAUAGAACGUGUGUGCAUUAUUUAAAUUAUUCUGUGGCGGAAUGCGAGCCAUUCCUUUCACCCAUUAAAACAAAUGCGACAUCACAGUUAGAGGAAGUAGUGCAGAAAUAUUCUACAUAUGUGACGACUGUAAAGAUGGUGCUGGAGUAUGUGUUCCCAGCUUUUCUAUCUUUGUUUCUCGGUGUCUGGUCCGAUACCUAUGGCAGAAAACUUUUAAUAGUUUGGCCUUUAUUUGGUUUGACAAUGACAAACAUCUUGCUAACUAUAUUUGGGAUGAUGGAUAGCUUAGGCCCUUGGUGGCUAAUAUUAACUGCAGUUCCAUUUUCUCUUAGUGGUGGAUUUGUAGUAUUAUUUACGGGUGCUUACUGCUAUGUAAGCGAUACCAGUUCUUCUAGUAGUACGUUAUUGAGAAUGACAAUGAUAGACGCGACUACAUCAUUAGGCACUGUGCUCGGAGCCACGUGUAGCACUCAUCUUAUAUUAAAAAUUGGGAACACAUAUUUACUUUUGCUAUCUGCUACAAUCAGUACAAUAGCGUAUGCUUUUACCAACGUAUGGAUAAAGGAAUCUUUAAAUGGUGCUUUACAGGGUGGGGUAUCGAAAAUCAUAGACUUUUUACUUAUUAAGGAAAUGGUUCAAGAAUGUUUGAAAGAAAGACCUAAUCGUCAGAGGGCUCAAAUUUUCCUCCUAUGUCUUGUCAGGGUACUCAUGGUUUUGGCCGUUUUUGGAACAGUUGGUUUGGAGUAUCUGUAUACAAGACAAAAAUUGCAUUGGUCAUUACGAGAAUACACAAAGUAUUCAGCAGUUAGCACUGCAAUGUUGUUCAUAGGAGGUUUCUUUGGUGUGAUCGUGGUACAAAAAGUACUUCGCCUUGGAGACAUAAUCUUUGCAAUACUCAUAUCGAUCACUGCUAUAGCGGAUAAUUUAAUAAAAUUAUUUGCAACCAAAUCCUGGCACAUGUACUUAAGUUCUGGAGUAUCAAUUUUCAGAAGUCUAUCGGGACCAUUAGUACGAUCAUUUCUGACAAAAACGAUUCCUGUGGAGGACAUUGCGAAGGUUUUAUUUCUAGUAAGCACAGCUGAAAGUAUAUGUCCUAUGAUAUAUCCGAUUAUAUUUAACUCGCUAUACGCGUAUACAUUAGCGACUUUCCCUGGAGCUAUAUAUAUUCUCAGCAGUUCGAUGAUGGUGAUCUGUAUAGUUUUGUUGGGAUUUGUACAAUAUUUUUUGUGGAAUAGAUCACCUGGAAAUGAUUCUCUACUUAAUUCUGUUGAUACAUAAUUCGUUAAAAUUUUCUAUGUAAAGAAACAAUUUAUUCGUAAAAUGCUCACUAUGAACAAAUUUUUGUGUAAGUUUUAUGGUAUUUUCAAAUUUAGUGGUGGCCUUAACAACUUCUAACAAAAAAAUUAAUUAUCUUAUAUAGGAAUAUCAUUUGUACUUGACACUAAACAAGUGCAGUUCUAUGGUGGUGAAACGUGUGGUGAACACAAAAUAAUUUGAAUGUAUUAAAGUAUUUUGAAAAGCUACAUCUAAAUUAAUAUAUUAUAUUUCCACAAAAUCCAACUGUGAUAUUAAAAAUUUAGUUUAAUUUACGUAUAUCAUAUAUAUAGAUAUUUAUAAAUUAUAAAAUUAUGUUUAAAAAGGUUAAAUAUGUUAGUGAGCUAUGCCAGAAUCAAAAAACUAUUAUGUGUAAAUUAAAUCAUAAUUAUCAAUUGUACUUAACAAAAGUAGUUUUUCUUUAUUAUAGAAUAUACAACUAGAUUAGACAUUAUACAGCUUUAAGCAAGUUUUUUUUUUUUAAUUUCAUGUUAUGUAUGUAAUAUUUAUUACAUAUUGUUAAAAUUAUGUUGGUAUAUAUUAGAUUAUAUUUUUAAAAAAACUUUUAUACCAAUAUAUCCAAAGCGUAUGUUACGUUUUAUAAAUGAGCAUAUUUCGUUACUAUAAGCGAUUUAUAUUAAAUUCGUAUAACAUACGCUGAAAACUUUAUAGUUUGAGAGAAUUCUUUUGACCAAAAACUUUAAUUGACUUUAACUUGAAAUCAUUUCAAAUCUGCGCUCUAAAAUAAACUUAUUCAUUUAUUUAUGCUAUACAUACAGAUGUAUAUCGAGUAAUCGUACCAUUAUGAUCGUACCUAAGAACACAUAAUCUCGUAAAUUAAAAAAAAUAGAUUGUGACAGUUAAAUAGAUUGAACACGAGAGUGAAUGGUUUCGUUUAACAUUAGUAUAGUGACGCUAAGCCAAAAGUUAAGCGGAAGUUCACCAUUCGCCAUGACCUAAAAUAAAUACACGUAUUCAUGCAACACAACAUAUGCAUAUUUGUGUAUAAUAUAAAAAAAUAAAUAUACUAAUAAAUUGUAAAUGUAAUUGUUGA